CCCCCUUGGGGGAAGAAGGUCCGCAAAUUUUUAAUUUUUUGAAUUUUUCCCAUUGGUCCCCCCUUGGGGGAAGGUGGUUCGCAAAUUUUCAAAUUUUUGAAUUUUUCCCUUUGGUCCCCCCUUGGGGGAUGUAGGUCCGCAAUUUUUCAUUUUUUUCCUUCAGUCCCCUUUUGGGGGAAGGGGGUCCGCCAAAUUUCAAAUUUUAGAAUUUUUCUUUCUGGCAAAUUUUCAAAAUUUACUCUUUAGUCCCCCCUUGGUGGAAGAGGGUCCGCAAAUUUUCAAUUUUUUGAAUUUUUCCCAUUGGUCCCCCCUUGGGGGAAGGGGGUUCGCAAAUUUUCAAAUUUUUGAAGUUUUCCCUUUGGCCCCCCCUUGGGGGAAGUGGGUCCGCAAUUUUUCAAAUGUUUCCCUUUAGUCUCCCCUUGGGGGAGAGGGUACGCUAAUUUUCAAUUUUUUCUCUUUGGUUCCCUCUUGGGGGAAGAGUCCGCAAAAUUUCAAAUUUUUGAAUUUUUCCCUUUGGUCCCCCCUUGGGGGAAGGGAGUCCGCAUUUUUUCAAAUUUUUCCUUUUGGUCCCCCCUUGGUGGAAGGGGGUCCGCUAAUUUUCAAUUUUUUGAAUUUUUCUCUUUGGUCCCCCCUUGGGAGAAGAGGGUCUGCAAAUUUUCAAAUUUUUCCCUUUAGUCCCCCCUUGGUGGAAGAGGGUCCGCAAAUUUUCAAUUUUUUGAAUUUUUCCCAUUAGCCCCCCCUUGGGGGAAGGGGGUUCGCAAAUUUUCAAAUAUUUGAAGUUUUCCCUGGUCCUUCCUCGGAGAAAGAAAGUUUGCAAAUUUUUCAAAUUUUUGAUUUUUUCCUUUGGUUUCCUCUUGGGGGAAGUUGGUCCGCAAAUUUUUUUUAAUUGUUUUCUUUGAGGGAAAUGGGUCCCUGUGGCCCCCUUGGAAAAAAUGGAUCCAAAUUUUUACAUUUUUUUUUAAAUUUUUCCCUUUGGUCCCCUCUUGGGGAAAAUGGAUCCGAAAAUUGUGAACUUUUUGAAUUUUUCCCCUUGGAGGAAGUGGGUCCGCCAUUUUUUUCCCCUUUGGGGAAAAUGGGUCCGCAAAUUUUAAUUUUUUGAAUUUUUGCCUUUGGCCCCCUUGGAGGAAGUGGGUCUGCAAUUUAUCAUUUUUUUGAAUUUCUCCCUUUGGUUCCCCCUUGGGGGAAGUGGGUCCACAAAUUUUCAUUUUUUCCCUUUGUCCCCCCUUGGGAGAAGAGGGUUCGCAAAUUUCCGAUUUUUUGAAUUUUUUCCUUUGGUCCCCCCUUGGGGGAAGAAGGUCCGCAAAUUUUCAAUUUUUCUUCGAAUUUUUCCCUUUGGUCCCCCCUUGGGGGAAGUGGGUCCGCAAAUUUCCAAAUUUUUGAAUUUUUUCCUUUGGUCCCCCCUUGGGGGAAGAAGGUCCGCAAAUUUUCAAUUUUUUUUCGAAUUUUUCCCUUUGGCCCCCCCUUGGGGGAAGUGGGUCCGCAAAUUUCCAAAUUUUUGAAUUUUUCACUUUGGUCCCCCCUUGGGAGAAGAGGGUUCGCAAAUUUUCAAUUCUUUUUUUAAAUUUCCCUUUAGUCCACCAUUGGGGGAAGAAGGUUCGCAAAUUUCCGAUUUUUUGAAUUUUUUCCUUUGGUCCCCCCUUGGGGGAAGAAGGUCCGCAAAUUUCCGAUUUUUUGAAUUUUUGCCUUUGGUCCCCCCUUGGGGGAAGAAGGUCCGCAAAUUUUCAAUUUUUCUUCGAAUUUUUCCCUUUGGUCCCCCCUUGGGGGAAGAUCGUCCGCAAAUUUCCAAAUUUUUGAAUUUUUCACUUUGGUCCCCCCUUGGGAGAAGAGGGUUCGCAAAUUUUCAAUUUUUUUUUUAAAUUUCCCUUUGGUCCCCCAUUGGGGGAAAAAGGUCCGCAAAUUUCAGAUUUUUUGAUUUUUUUACUUUGGUCCCCCCUUGGGAGAAGAAGGUCCGCAAAUUUUCAAUUUUUCUUCGAAUUUUUCCCUUUGGUCCCCCCUUGGGGGAAGUGGGUCCGCUAAUUUCCAAAUUUUUGAAUUUUUCACUUUGGUCCCCCCUUGGGAGAAGAGGGUUCACAAAUUUCCAAAUUUUUGAAUUUUUCACUUUGGUCCCCUCUUGGGAGAAGAGGGUUCGCAAAUUUCCGAUUUUUUGAAUUUUUUUCCUUUGGUCCCCCCUUGGGGGAAGAAGGUCCGCAAAUUUUCAAUUUUUCAUCGAAUUUUUCCCUUUGGUCCCCCCUUGGGGGAAAUGGGUCCGCAAAUUUCUAAAUUUUUGAAUUUUUCACUUUGGUCCCCCCUUGGGAGAAGAGGGUUCACAAAUUUUCAAUUUUUUUUUUAAUUUCCCUUUGGUCCCCCAUUGGGGGAAGAAGGUCCGCAAAUUUCCGAUUUUUUGAAUUUUUUCCUUUGGUCUCCCCUUGGGGGAAGAAGGUCCGCAAAUUUUCAAUUUUUCUUCGAAUUUUUCCCUUUGGUCCCCCCUUGGGGGAAGUGGGUCCGCAAAUUUCCAAAUUUUUGAAUUUUUCACUUUGGUCCCCCCUUGGGAGAAGAGGGUUCGCAAAUUUUCAAUUUUUUUUUAAUUUCCCUUUGGUCCCCCAUUGGAAGAAGAAUGUCCGCAAAUUUCCGAUUUUUUGAAUUUUUUCCUUUGGUCCCCCCCUUGGGGGAAGAAGGUCCGCAAAUUUUCAAUUUUUCUUCGAAUUUUUCCCUUUGGUCCCCCCUUGGGGGAAGUGGGUCCGCAAAUUUCCAAAUUUUUGAAUUUUUCACUUUGGUCCCCCCUUGGGAGAAGAGGGUUCGCAAAUUUUCAAUUUUUUUUUUUUAAUUUCCCUUUGGUCCCCCAUUGGGGGAAAAAGGUCCGCAAAUUUUCAAUUUUUCUUCGAAUUUUUCCCUUUGGUCCCCCCUUGGGGGAAGUGGGUCCGCAAAUUUCCAAAUUUUUGAAUUUUUCACUUUGGUCCCCCCUUGGGAGAAGAGGGUUCACAAAUUUUCAAUUUUUUUUUUAAUUUCCCUUUGGUCCCCCAUUGGGGGAAGAAGGUUCGCAAAUUUCCGAUUUUUUGAAUUUUUUCCUUUGGUCCCUCCUUGGGGGAAGAAUGUCCGCAAAUUUUCAAUUUUUCUUCGAAUUUUUCCCUUUGGUCCCCCAUUGGGGGAAGAAAGUCCGCAAAUUUUCAAUUUUUCUUCGAAUUUUUCCCUUUGGUCCCCCCUUGGGGGAAGUGGGUCCGCAAAUUUCCAAAUUUUUGAAUUUUUCACUUUGGUCCCCUCUUGGGAGAAGAGGGUUCGCAAAUUUCCGAUUUUUUGAAUUUUUUCCUUUGGUCCCCCCUUGGGGGAAGAAGGUCCGCAAAUUUUCAAUUUUUCUUCGAAUUUUUCCCUUUGGUCCCCCCUUGGGGGAAGUGGGUCCGCAAAUUUCCAAAUUUUUGAAUUUCUCACUUUGGUCCCCCCUUGGGAGAAGAGGGUUCACAAAUUUUCAUUUUUUUUUUAAUUUCCCUUUAGUCCCCCAUUGGGGGAAGAAGGUCCGCAAAUUUCCGAUUUUUUGAAUUUUUUCCUUUGGUCCCCCCUUGGGGGAAGAAGGUCCGCAAAUUUUCAAUUUUUCUUCGAAUUUUUCCCUUUGGUCCCCCCUUGGGGGAAGUGGGUCCGCAAAUUUCCAAAUUUUUGAAUUUUUCACUUUGGUCCCCCCUUGGGAGAAAAGGGGUGGCAAAUUUUCAAUUUUUUUUUUAAAUUUCCCUUUGGUCCCCCAUUGGGGGAAGAAGGUCCGCAAAUUUCCGAUUUUUUGAAUUUUUUCCUUUGGUCCCCCCUUGGGAGAAGAAGGUCCGUAAAUUUUCAAUUUUUCUUCGAAUUUUUCCCUUUGGUCCCCCCUUGGGGGAAGUGGGUCCGCUAAUUUCCAAAUUUUUGAAUUUUUCACUUUGGUCCCCCCCUUGGGAGAAAAGGGGUUCGCAAAUUUUCAUUUUUUUUUUUAAAUUUCCCUUUGGUCCCCCAUUGGGGGAAGAAUGUCCGCAAAUUUCCCAUUUUUUUGAAUUUUUUCCUUUGGUCCCCCCUUGGGGGAAGAAGGUCCGCAAAUUUUCAAUUUUUCUUCGAAUUUUUCCCUUUGGUCCCCCCUUGGGGGAAGUGGGUCCGCAAAUUUCCAAAAUUUUGAAUUUUUCACUUUGGUCCCCUCUUGGGAGAAGAGGGUUCGCAAAUUUCCGAUUUUUUGAAUUUUUUCCUUUGGUCCCCCCUUGGGAGAAGAAGGUCCGCAAAUUUUCAAUUUUUCUUCGAAUUUUUCCCUUUGGUCCCCCCUUGGGGGAAGUGGGUCCGCUAAUUUCCAAAUUUUUGAAUUUUUCACUUUGGUCCCCCCUUGGGAGAAGAGGGUUCACAAAUAUUCAAUUUUUUUUUUAAAUUUCCCUUUGAUCCCCCAUUGGGGGAAGAAUGUCCGCAAAUUUCCGAUUUUUUGAAUUUUUUCCUUUGGUCCCCCCUUGGGGGAAGAAUGUCCGCAAAUUUCCGAUUUUUUGAAUUUUUUCCUUUGGUCCCCCCUUGGGGGAAGAAGGUCCGCAAAUUUUCAAAUUUUUGAAUUUUUCACUUUGGUCCCCCUUUGGGAGAAGAGGGUUCGCAAAUUUUCAAUUUUUUUUUUAAUUUCCCUUUGGUCCCCCAUUGGGGGAAACAGGUCCGCAAAUUUUCAAUUUUUCUUCGAAUUUUUCCCUUUGGUCCCCCCUUGGGGGAAGUGGGUCCGCAAAUUUCCAAAUUUUUGAAUUUUUCACUUUGGUCCCCCCCUUGGGAGAAGAGGGUUCACAAAUAUUCAAUUUUUUUUUUAAUUUCCCUUUGGUCUCCCAUUGGGGGAAGAAGGUCCGCAAAUUUCCGAUUUUUUGAAUUUUUUCCUUUGGUCUCCCCUUGGAGGAAGAAGGUCCGCAAAUUUUCAAUUUUUCUUCGAAUUUUUCCCUUUGGUCCCCCCUUGGGGGAAGUGGGUCCGCAAAUUUCCAAAUUUUUGAAUUUUUCACUUUGGUCCCCCCUUGGGAGAAGAGGGUUCACAAAUUUUCAAUUUUUUUUUUAAUUUCCCUUUGGUCCCCCAUUGGGGGAAGAAGGUCCGCAAAUUUCCGAUUUUUUGAAUUUUUUCCUUUGGUCCCCCCUUGGGGGAAGAAGGUCCGCAAAUUUUCAAUUUUUCUUCGAAUUUUUCCCUUUGGUCCCCCCUUGGGGGAAGUGGGUCCGCAAAUUUCCAAAUUUUUGAAUUUUUCACUUUGGUCCCUCCUUGGGAGAAGAGGGUUGGCAAAUUUUCAAUUUUUUUUUUAAAUUUCCCUUUGGUCUUCCAUUGGGGGAAGAAGGUCCGCAAAUUUCCGAUUUUUUGAAUUUUUUCCUUUGGUCCCCCCUUGGGAGAAGAAGGUCCGCAAAUUUUCAAUUUUUCUUCGAAUUUUUCCCUUCCCAAGUAACCACGGUGCUGAAGCCUUAUUGCAUGCAGAUAUACGGUGUAUUUAGUGCAAUCAUUACUUUACAUGCAAACUUAAGGUUGAUUUAAAGUGGAAGUGGGCAAUUAUAGAAUCAAAUUAAGAUUAUACUGGUAUAAUCUUGGAGCAGUCGCAUAAUUGCCCAUUUCCACUUUAAAUCAACCUUAAGUUUGCAUGUAAAGUAAUGAUUGCACUAAAUACACCGUAUAUCUGCAUGCAAUAAGGCUUCAGCACCGUGGUUACUUGGGUUUGGUCCCCCCUUGGGGGAAGUGGGUCCGCUAAUUUCCAAAUUUUUGAAUUUUUCACUUUGGUCCCCCCCUUGGGAGAAAAGGGGUUCGCAAAUUUUCAAUUUUUUUUUUUAAAUUUCCCUUUGGUCCCCCAUUGGGGGAAGAAUGUCCGCAAAUUUCCGAUUUUUUGAAUUUUUUCCUUUGGUCCCCCCUUGGGGGAAGAAGGUCCGCAAAUUUUAAAUUUUUCUUCGAAUUUUUCCCUUUGGUCCCCCCUUGGGGGAAGUGGGUCCGCAAAUUUCCAAAUUUUUGAAUUUUUCACUUUGGUCCCCUCUUGGGAGAAGAGGGUUCGCAAAUUUCCGAUUUUUUGAAUUUUUUCCUUUGGUCCCCCCUUGGGAGAAGAAGGUCCGCAAAUUUUCAAUUUUUCUUCGAAUUUUUCCCUUUGGUCCCCCCUUGGGGGAAGUGGGUCCGCAAAUUUCCAAAUUUUUGAAUUUUUCACUUUGGUCCCCUCUUGGGAGAAGAGGGUUCGCAAAUUUCCGAUUUUUUGAUUUUUUUCCUUUGGUCCCCCCUUGGGGGAAGAAGGUCCGCAAAUUUUCAAUUUUUCUUCGAAUUUUUCCCUUUGGUCCCCCCUUGGGGAAAGCAAAUUUUCAAUUUUUUUUUUUAAUUUCCCUUUGGUCCCCCAUUGGGGGAAGAAGGUUCGCAAAUUUCCGAUUUUUUGAAUUUUUGGUCCCCCCUUGGGGGAAGAAGGUCCGCAAAUUUUCAAUUUUUCUUCGAAUUUUUCCCUUUGGUCCCCCCUUGGGGGAAGUGGGUCCGCAAAUUUCCAAAUUUUUGAAUUUUUCACUUUGGUCCCCCCUUGGGAGAAGAGGGUUCACAAAUUUUCAAUUUUUUUUUUAAUUUCCCUUUGGUCCCCCAUUGGGGGAAGAAGGUCCGCAAAUUUCCGAUUUUUUGAAUUUUUUCCUUUGGUCCCCCCUUGGGGGAAGAAGGUCCGCAAAUUUUCAAUUUUUCUUCGAAUUUUUCCCUUUGGUCCCCCCUUGGGGGAAGUGGGUCCGCAAAUUUCCAAAUUUUUGAAUUUUUCACUUUGGUCCCUCCUUGGGAGAAGAGGGUUGAAAAAUUUUCAAUUUUUUUUUUAAAUUUCCCUUUGGUCCCCCAUUGGGGGAAGAAGGUCCGCAAAUUUCCGAUUUUUUGAAUUUUUUCCUUUGGUCCCCCCUUGGGAGAAGAAGGUCCGCAAAUUUUCAAUUUUUCUUCGAAUUUUUCCCUUUGGUCCCCCCUUGGGGGAAGUGGGUCCGCUAAUUUCCAAAUUUUUGAAUUUUUCACUUUGGUCCCCCCCUUGGGAGAAAAGGGGUUCGCAAAUUUUCAAUUUUUUUUUUUAAAUUUCCCUUUGGUCCCCCAUUGGGGGAAGAAUGUCCGCAAAUUUCCGAUUUUUUGAAUUUUUUCCUUUGGUCCCCCCUUGGGGGAAGAAGGUCCGCAAAUUUUCAAUUUUUCUUCGAAUUUUUCCCUUUGGUCCCCCCUUGGGGGAAGUGGGUCCGCAAAUUUCCAAAUUUUUGAAUUUUUCACUUUGGUCCCCUCUUGGGAGAAGAGGGUUCGCAAAUUUCCGAUUUUUUGAAUUUUUUCCUUCUCCCAAGGGGGGACGAAGAAGGUCCGCAAAUUUUCAAUUUUUCUUCGAAUUUUUCCCUUUGGUCCCCCCUUGGGGGAAGUGGGUCCGCUAAUUUCCAAAUUUUUGAAUUUUUCACUUUGGUCCCCCCUUGGGAGAAAAGGGGUUCGCAAAUUUUCAAUUUUUUUUUUUUUAAUUUCCCUUUGAUCCCCCUUUGGGGGAAGAAUGUCCGCAAAUUUCCGAUUUUUUGAAUUUUUUCCUUUGGUCCCCCCUUGGGGGAAGAAGGUCCGCAAAUUUUCAAUUUUUCUUCGAAUUUUUCCCUUUGGUCCCCCCUUGGGGGAAGUGGGUCCGCAAAUUUCUAAAUUUUUGAAUUUUUCACUUUGGUCCCCCCUUGGGAGAAGAGGGUUCGCAAAUUUUCAAUUUUUUUUUAAAUUUCCCUUUGGUCACCCAUUGGGGGAAAAAGGUCCGCAAAUUUCCGAUUUUUUGAAUUUUUCAAAUUUUCAAAUUUUCAAAUUUUCCUCUUGGGGGAAGAGUCCGCAAAAUUUCAAAUUUUUGAAUUUUUCCCUUUGGUCCCCCCUUGGGGGAUGUAGGUCCGCAAUUUUUCAUUUUUUCCCUUCAGUCCCCUUUUGGGGGAAGGGGGUCCGCCAAAUCUCAAAUUUUAAAAUUUUUCUUUCUGGCCCCCCUUUGGGGAAGAGGGUCUACAAAUUUUCAAAAUUUUCUAUUUAGUCCCCCCUUGGGGGAAGGGGGUUCGCAAAUUUUCAAAUUUUUGAAGUUUUCCCUUUGGUCCCCCCUUGGGGGAAGGGGGUCCGCAAUUUUUCAAAUUUUUCCCUUUAGUCCCCCCUUGGGAGAGAGGGUACGCUAAUUUUGAAAUUUUUCGCUUUGGUUCCCUCUUGGGGGAAGAGUCCGCAAAAUUUCAAAUUUUUGAAUUUUUCCCUUGAGGGAAGGGAGUCCGCAUUUUUUCAAAUUUUUCCUUUUGGUCCCCCCUUGGUGGAAGUGGGUCCGCAAAUUUCCAAAUUUUUGAAUUUUUCACUUUGGUCCCCCCUUGGGAGAAGAGGGUUCACAAAUUUUCAAUUUUUUUUUUUAAAUUUCCCUUUGGUCCCCCAUUGGGGGAAGAAUUUUUUUGAAUUUUUGAAAAUUUUUGAAUUUUUCACUUUGGUCCCCCCUUGGGAGAAGAGGGUUCGCAAAUUUUCAAUUUUUUUUUAAAUUUCCCUUUGGUCCCCCAUUGGGGGAAGAAGGUUCGCAAAUUUCCGAUUUUUUGAAUUUUUUCCUUUGGUCCCUCCUUGGGGGAAGAAGGUCCGCAAAUAUUCAAUUUUUCUUCGAAUUUUUCCCUUUGGUCCCCCCUUGGGGGAAGUGGGUCCGCAAAUUUCCAAAUUUUUGAAUUUUUCACUUUGGUCCCCCCUUGGGAGAAGAGGGUUCACAAAUUUUCAAUUUUUUUUUUAAUUUCCCUUUGGUCCCCCAUUGGGGGAAGAAGGUCCGCAAAUUUCCGAUUUUUUGAAUUUUUUCCUUUGGUCCCCCCUUGGGGGAAGAAGGUCCGCAAAUUUUCAAUUUUACUUCGAAUUUUUCCCUUUGGUCCCCCCUUGGGGGAAGUGGGUCCGCAAAUUUCCAAAUUUUUGAAUUUUUCACUUUGGUCCCCCCUUGGGAGAAGAGGGUUCGCAAAUUUUCAAUUUUUUUUUAAAUUUCCCUUUGGUCCCCCAUUGGGGAAAGAAGGUCCGCAAAUUUCCGAUUUUUUGAAUUUUUUCCUUUGGUCCCCCCUUGGGGGAAGAAGGUACGCAAAUUUUCAAUUUUUCUUCGAAUUUUUCCCUUUGGUCCCCCCUUGGGGGAAGUGGGUCCGCAAAUUUCCAAAUUUUUGAAUUUUUCACUUUGGUCCCCCUUUGGGAGAAGAGGGUUCGCAAAUUUUCAAUUUUUUUUUUAAUUUCCCUUUGGUCCCCCAUUGGGUGAAGAAGGUCCGCAAAUUUCCGAUUUUUUGAAUUUUUCCCUUUGGUCCCCCCUUGGGGAAGUGGGUCCGCAAAUUUCCAAAUUUUUGAAUUUUUCACUUUGGUCCCCCCUUGGGGGAAGUGGGUCCGCAAAUUUCCAAAUUUUUGAAUUUUUCACUUUGGUCCCUCCUUGGGAGAAGAGGGUUCACAAAUUUUCAAUUUUUUUUUUAAUUUCCCUUUGGUCCCCCAUUGGGGGAAGAAGGUCCGCAAAUUUCCGAUUUUUUGAAUUUUUUCCUUUGGUCCCCCCUUGGGGGAAGAAGGUACGCAAAUUUUCAAUUUUUCUUCGAAUUUUUCCCUUUGGUCCCCCCUUGGGGGAAGUGGGUCCGCAAAUUUCCAAAUUUUUGAAUUUUUCACUUUGGUCCCCUCUUGGGAGAAGAGGGUUCGCAAAUUUCCGAUUUUUUGAAUUUUUUCCUUUGGUCCCCCCUUGGGGGAAGAAGGUCCGCAAAUUUUCAAUUUUUCUUCGAAUUUUUCCCUUUGGUCCCCCCUUGGGGGAAGUGGGUCCGCAAAUUUCCAAAUUUUUGAAUUUUUCACUUGGGAGAAGAGGGUUCGCAAAUUUUCAAUUUUUUUUUAAUUUCCCUUUGGUCCCCCAUUGGGGAAAGAAGGUCCGCAAAUUUCCGAUUUUUUGAAUUUUUUCCUUUGGUCCCCCCUUGGGGGAAGAAGGUCCGCAAAUUUUCAAUUUUACUUCGAAUUUUUCCCUUUGGUCCCCCCUUGGGGGAAGUGGGUCCGCAAAUUUCCAAAUUUUUGAAUUUUUCAAUUUGGUCCCCCCUUGGAAGAAGGGGGUUCGCAAAUUUUCAAUUUUUUUUUUUAAUUUCCCUUUGGUCCCCCAUUGGGGGAAGAAGGUCCGCAAAUUUCCGAUUUUUUGAAUUUUUUCCUUUGGUCCCCCCUUGGGGGAAGAAGGUAUGCAAAUUUUCAAUUUUUCUUCGAAUUUUUCCCUUUGGUCCCCCCUUGGGGGAAGUGGGUCCGCAAAUUUCCAAAUUUUUGAAUUUUUCACUUUGGUCCCCCUUUGGGAGAAGAGGGUUCGCAAAUUUUCAAUUUUUUUUUUUAAUUUCCUUUGGUCCCCCAUUGGGGGAAGAAGGUCCGCAAAUUUCCGAUUUUUUGAAUUUUUCCCUUUGGUCCCCCCUUGGGGAAGUGGGUCCGCAAAUUUCCAAAUUUUUGAAUUUUUCACUUUGGUCCCCUCUUGGGAGAAGAAGGUCCGCAAAUUUUCAAUUUUUCUUCGAAUUUUUCCCUUUGGUCCCCCCUUGGGGGAAGUGGGUCCGCAAAUUUCCAAAUUUUUGAAUUUUUCACUUUGGUCCCCUCUUGGGAGAAGAGGGUUCGCAAAUUUCCGAUUUUUUGAAUUUUUUCCUUUGGUCCCCCCUUGGGGGAAGAAGGUCCGCAAAUUUUCAAUUUUUCUUCGAAUUUUUCCCUUUGGUCCCCCCUUGGGGGAAGUGGGUCCGCAAAUUUCCAAAUUUUUGAAUUUUUCGCUUUGGUCCCCCCUUGGGAGAAGAGGGUUCACAAAUUUUCAAUUUUUUUUUUUAAUUUCCCUUUGGUCCCCCAUUGGGGGAAGAAGGUCCGCAAAUUUCCGAUUUUUUGAUUUUUUUUCCUUUGGUCCCCCCUUGGGGGAAGAAGGUCCGCAAAUUUUCAAUUUUACUUCGAAUUUUUCCCUUUGGUCCCCCCUUGGGGGAAGUGGGUCCGCAAAUUUCCAAAUUUUUGAAUUUUUCACUUUGGUCCCCCCUUGGGAGACGAGGGUUCGCAAAUUUUCAAUUUUUUUUUUAAAUUUCCCUUUGGUCCCCCAUUGGGGGAAGAAGGUCCGCAAAUUUUCAAUUUUUCUUCGAAUUUUUCCCUUUGGUCCCCCCUUGGGGGAAGUGGGUCCGCAAAUUUCCAAAUUUUUGAAUUUUUCACUUUGGUCCCCUCUUGGGAGAAGAGGGUUCGCAAAUUUCCGAUUUUUUGAAUUUUUUCCUUUGGUCCCCCAUUGGGGGAAGAAGGUCCGCAAAAUUUCCGAUUUUUUGAAUUUUUUUCCUUUGGUCCCCCUUGGGGGAAGAAGGUGCGCAAAUUUUCAAUUUUACUUCGAAUUUUUCCCUUUGGUCCCCCCUUGGGGGAAGUGGGUCCGCAAAUUUCCAAAUUUUUGAAUUUUUCACUUUGGUCCCCCCUUGGGAGACGAGGGUUCGCAAAUUUUCAUUUUUUUUUUAAAUUUCCCUUUGGUCCCCCAUUGGGGGAAGAAGGUCCGCAAAUUUUCAAUUUUUCUUCGAAUUUUUCCCUUUGGUCCCCCCUUGGGGGAAGUGGGUCCGCAAAUUUUCAAUUUUUCUUCGAAUUUUUCCCUUUGGUCCCCCCUUGGGGGAAGUGGGUCCGCAAAUUUCCAAAUUUUUGAAUUUUUCACUUUGGUCCCCUCUUGGGAGAAGAGGGUUCGCAAAUUUCCGAUUUUUUGAAUUUUUUCCUUUGGUCCCCCCUUGGGGGAAGAAGGUCCGCAAAUUUUCAAUUUUUCUUCGAAUUUUUCCCUUUGGUCCCCCCUUGGGGGAAGUGGGUCCGCAAAUUUCCAAAUUUUUGAAUUUUUCACUUUGGUCCCCCCUUGGGAGAAGAGGGUUCGCAAAUUUUCAAUUUUUUUUUUAAUUUCCCUUUGGUCCCCCAUUGGGGGAAGAAGGUUCGCAAAUUUCCGAUUUUUUGAAUUUUUUCCUUUGGUCCCUCCUUGGGGGAAGAAGGUCCGCAAAUUUUCAAUUUUUCUUCGAAUUUUUCCCUUUGGUCCCCCCUUGGGGGAAGUGGGUCCGCAAAUUUCCAAAUUUUUGAAUUUUUCACUUUGGUCCCCCCUUGGGAGAAGAGGGUUCGCAAAUUUUCAAUUUUUUUUUUAAUUUCCCUUUGGUCCCCCAUUGGGGGAAGAAGGUUCGCAAAUUUCCGAUUUUUUGAAUUUUUUCCUUUGGUCCCUCCUUGGGGGAAGAAUGUCCGCAAAUUUUCAAUUUUUCUUCGAAUUUUUCCCUUUGGUCCCCCAUUGGGGGAAGAAAGUCCGCAAAUUUUCAAUUUUUCUUCGAAUUUUUCCCUUUGGUCCCCCCUUGGGGAAAGCAAAUUUUCAAUUUUUUUUUUAAUUUCCCUUUGGUCCCCCAUUGGGGGAAGAAGGUCCGCAAAUUUCCGAUUUUUUGAAUUUUUGGUCCCCCCUUGGGGGAAGAAGGUCCGCAAAUUUUCAAUUUUUCUUCGAAUUUUUCCCUUUGGUCCCCCCUUGGGGGAAGUGGGUCCGCAAAUUUCCAAAUUUUUGAAUUUUUCACUUUGGUCCCCCCUUGGGAGAAGAGGGUUCACAAAUUUUCAUUUUUUUUUUAAUUUCCCUUUGGUCCCCCAUUGGGGGAAGAAGGUCCGCAAAUUUCCGAUUUUUUGAAUUUUUUCCUUUGGUCCCCCCUUGGGGGAAGAAGGUCCGCAAAUUUUCAAUUUUUCUUCGAAUUUUUCCCUUUGGUCCCCCCUUGGGGGAAGUGGGUCCGCAAAUUUCCAAAUUUUUGAAUUUUUCGCUUUGGUCCCCCCUUGGGAGAAAAGGGGUGGCAAAUUUUCAAUUUUUUUUUUAAAUUUCCCUUUGGUCCCCCAUUGGGGGAAGAAGGUCCGCAAAUUUCCGAUUUUUUGAAUUUUUUCCUUUGGUCCCCCCUUGGGAGAAGAAGGUCCGCAAAUUUUCAAUUUUUCUUCGAAUUUUUCCCUUUGGUCCCCCCUUGGGGGAAGUGGGUCCGCUAAUUUCCAAAUUUUUGAAUUUUUCACUUUGGUCCCCCCCUUGGGAGAAAAGGGGUUCGCAAAUUUUCAUUUUUUUUUUUAAAUUUCCCUUUGGUCCCCCAUUGGGGGAAGAAUGUCCGCAAAUUUCUGAUUUUUUGAAUUUUUUCCUUUGGUCUCCCCUUGGAGGAAGAAGGUCCGCAAAUUUUCAAUUUUUCUUCGAAUUUUUCCCUUUGGUCCCCCCUUGGGGGAAGUGGGUCCGCAAAUUUCCAAAUUUUUGAAUUUUUCACUUUGGUCCCCCUUUGGGAGAAGAGGGUUCGCAAAUUUUCAAUUUUUUUUUUUAAUUUCCCUUUGGUCCCCCAUUGGGGGAAGAAGGUCCGCAAAUUUUCAAUUUUUCUUCGAAUUUUUCCCUUUGGUCCCCCCUUGGGGGAAGUGGGUCCGCAAAUUUCCAAAUUUUUGAAUUUUUCACUUUGGUCCCCCCCUUGGGAGAAGAGGGUUCACAAAUAUUCAAUUUUUUUUUUUAAUUUCCCUUUGGUCUCCCAUUGGGGGAAGAAGGUCCGCAAAUUUCCGAUUUUUUGAAUUUUUUCCUUUGGUCUCCCCUUGGAGGAAGAAGGUCCGCAAAUUUUCAAUUUUUCUUCGAAUUUUUCCCUUUGGUCCCCCCUUGGGGGAAGUGGGUCCGCAAAUUUCCAAAUUUUUGAAUUUUUCACUUUGGUCCCCCUUUGGGAGAAGAGGGUUCGCAAAUUUUCAAUUUUUUUUUUAAUUUCCCUUUGGUCCCCCAUUGGGGGAAGAAAGUCCGCAAAUUUUCAAUUUUUCUUCGAAUUUUUCCCUUUGGUCCCCCCUUGGGGGAAGUGGGUCCGCAAAUUUCCAAAUUUUUGAAUUUUUCACUUUGGUCCCCUCUUGGGAGAAGAGGGUUCGCAAAUUUCCGAUUUUUUGAUUUUUUUCCUUUGGUCCCCCCUUGGGGGAAGAAGGUCCGCAAAUUUUCAAUUUUUCUUCGAAUUUUUCCCUUUGGUCCCCCCUUGGGGAAAGCAAAUUUUCAAUUUUUUUUUUUUAAUUUCCCUUUGGUCCCCCAUUGGGGGAAGAAGGUUCGCAAAUUUCCGAUUUUUUGAAUUUUUGGUCCCCCCUUGGGGGAAGAAGGUCCGCAAAUUUUCAAUUUUUCUUCGAAUUUUUCCCUUUGGUCCCCCCUUGGGGGAAGUGGGUCCGCAAAUUUCCAAAUUUUUGAAUUUUUCACUUUGGUCCCUUGGGAGAAGAGGGUUCACAAAUUUUCAAUUUUUUUUUUAAUUUCCCUUUGGUCCCCCUAUGGGGGAAGUGGGUCCGCUAAUUUCCGAUUUUUUGAUUUUUUUCCUUUGGUCCCCCCUUGGGAGAAGAAGGUCCGCAAAUUUUCAAUUUUUCUUCGAAUUUUUCCCUUUGGUCCCCCCUUGGGGGAAGUGGGUCCGCUAAUUUCCAAAUUUUUGAAUUUUUCACUUUGGUCCCCCCCUUGGGAGAAAAGGGGUUCGCAAAUUUUCAAUUUUUUUUUUUAAAUUUCCCUUUGGUCCCCCAUUGGGGGAAGAAUGUCCGCAAAUUUCCGAUUUUUUGAAUUUUUUCCUUUGGUCCCCCCUUGGGGGAAGAAGGUCCGCAAAUUUUCAAUUUUUCUUCGAAUUUUUCCCUUUGGUCCCCCCUUGGGGGAAGUGGGUCCGCAAAUUUCCAAAUUUUUGAAUUUUUCACUUUGGUCCCCUCUUGGGAGAAGAGGGUUCGCAAAUUUCCGAUUUUUUGAAUUUUUUCCUUUGGUCCCCCCUUGGGAGAAGAAGGUCCGCAAAUUUUCAAUUUUUCUUCGAAUUUUUCCCUUUGGUCCCCCCUUGGGGGAAGUGGGUCCGCUAAUUUCCAAAUUUUUGAAUUUUUCACUUUGGUCCCCCCUUGGGAGAAAAGGGGUUCGCAAAUUUUCAAUUUUUUUUUUUAAAUUUCCCUUUGAUCCCCCAUUGGGGGAAGAAUGUCCGCAAAUUUCCGUUUUUUUGAAUUUUUUCCUUUGGUCCCCCCUUGGGGGAAGAAGGUCCGCAAAUUUUCAAUUUUUCUUCGAAUUUUUCCCUUUGGUCCCCCCUUGGGGGAAGUGGGUCCGCAAAUUUCAAAAUUUUUGAAUUUUUCACUUUGGUCCCCCCUUGGGAGAAGAGGGUUCGCAAAUUUUCAAUUUUUUUUUUAAAUUUCCCUUUGGUCACCCAUUGGGGGAAAAAGGUCCGCAAAUUUCCGAUUUUUUGAAUUUUUCAAAUUUUCAAAUUUUCAAAUUUUCCUCUUGGGGGAAGAGUCCGCAAAAUUUCAAAUUUUUGAAUUUUUCCCUUUGGUCCCCCCUUGGGGGAUGUAGGUCCGCAAUUUUUCAUUUUUUUCCUUCAGUCCCCUUUUGGGGGAAGGGGGUCCGCCAAAUCUCAAAUUUUAAAAUUUUUCUUUCUGGCCCCCCUUUGGGGAAGAGGGUCUACAAAUUUUCAAAAUUUUCUAUUUAGUCCCCCCUUGGGGGAAGGGGGUUCGCAAAUUUUCAAAUUUUUGAAGUUUUCCCUUUGGUCCCCCCUUGGGGGAAGGGGGUCCGCAAUUUUUCAAAUUUUUCCCUUUAGUCCCCCCUUGGGAGAGAGGGUACGCUAAUUUUGAAAUUUUUCGCUUUGGUUCCAUCUUGGGGGAAGAGUCCGCAAAAUUUCAAAUUUUUGAAUUUUUCCCUUGAGGGAAGGGAGUCCGCAUUUUUUCAAAUUUUUCCUUUUGGUCCCCCCUUGGUGGAAGUGGGUCCGCAAAUUUCCAAAUUUUUGAAUUUUUCACUUUGGUCCCCCCUUGGGAGAAGAGGGUUCACAAAUUUUCAAUUUUUUUUUUAAAUUUCCCUUUGGUCCCCCAUUGGGGGAAGAAUUUUUUUGAAUUUUUGAAAAUUUUUGAAUUUUUCACUUUGGUCCCCCCUUGGGAGAAGAGGGUUCGCAAAUUUUCAAUUUUUUUUUAAAUUUCCCUUUGGUCCCCCAUUGGGGGAAGAAGGUUCGCAAAUUUCCGAUUUUUUGAAUUUUUUCCUUUGGUCCCUCCUUGGGGGAAGAAGGUCCGCAAAUAUUCAAUUUUUCUUCGAAUUUUUCCCUUUGGUCCCCCCUUGGGGGAAGUGGGUCCGCAAAUUUCCAAAUUUUUGAAUUUUUCACUUUGGUCCCCCCUUGGGAGAAGAGGGUUCACAAAUUUUCAAUUUUUUUUUUAAUUUCCCUUUGGUCCCCCAUUGGGGAAAGAAGGUCCGCAAAUUUCCGAUUUUUUGAAUUUUUUCCUUUGGUCCCCCCUUGGGGGAAGAAGGUACGCAAAUUUUCAAUUUUUCUUCGAAUUUUUCCCUUUGGUCCCCCCUUGGGGGAAGUGGGUCCGCAAAUUUCCAAAUUUUUGAAUUUUUCACUUUGGUCCCCCUUUGGGAGAAGAGGGUUCGCAAAUUUUCAAUUUUUUUUUUAAUUUCCCUUUGGUCCCCCAUUGGGUGAAGAAGGUCCGCAAAUUUCCGAUUUUUUGAAUUUUUCCCUUUGGUCCCCCCUUGGGGAAGUGGGUCCGCAAAUUUCCAAAUUUUUGAAUUUUUCACUUUGGUCCCCUCUUGGGAGAAGAGGGUUCGCAAAUUUCCGAUUUUUUGAAUUUUUUCCUUUGGUCCCCCUUGGGGGAAGAAGGUCCGCAAAUUUUCAAUUUUUCUUCGAAUUUUUCCCUUUGGUCCCCCCUUGGGGGAAGUGGGUCCGCAAAUUUCCAAAUUUUUGAAUUUUUCACUUUGGUCCCCCCUUGGGAGAAGAGGGUUCACAAAUUUUCAAUUUUUUUUUUAAUUUCCCUUUGGUCCCCCAUUGGGGGAAGAAGGUCCGCAAAUUUUCAAUUUUUCUUCGAAUUUUUCCCUUUGGUCCCCCCUUGGGGGAAGUGGGUCCGCAAAUUUCCAAAUUUUUGAAUUUUUCACUUUGGUCCCCUCUUGGGAGAAGAGGGUUCGCAAAUUUCCGAUUUUUUGAAUUUUUUCCUUUGGUCCCCCCUUGGGGGAAGAAGGUCCGCAAAUUUCCGAUUUUUUGAAUUUUUCACUUUGGUCCCCCCUUGGGAGAAGAGGGUUCGCAAAUUUUCAAUUUUUUUUUAAAUUUCCCUUUGGUCCCCCAUUGGGGGAAGAAGGUCCGCAAAUUUUCAAUUUUUCUUCGAAUUUUUCCCUUUGGUCCCCUCUUGGGAGAAGAGGGUUUGCAAAUUUCCGAUUUUUUGAAUUUUUUCCUUUGGUCCCCCCUUGGGAGAAGAGGGUUCGCAAAUUUUCAAUUUUUUUUUUUUAAUUUCCCUUUGGUCCCCCAUUGGGGGAAGAAGGUCCGCAAAUUUCCGAUUUUUUGAAUUUUUUCCUUUGGUCCCCCCUUGGGGGAAGAAGGUACGCAAAUUUUCAAUUUUUCUUCGAAUUUUUCCCUUUGGUCCCCCCUUGGGGGAAGUGGGUCCGCAAAUUUCCAAAUUUUUGAAUUUUUCACUUUGGUCCCCCUUUGGGAGAAGAGGGUUCGCAAAUUUUCAAUUUUUUUUUUAAUUUCCCUUUGGUCCCCCAUUGGGGGAAGAAGGUCCGCAAAUUUCCGAUUUUUUGAAUUUUUCCCUUUGGUCCCCCCUUGGGGAAGUGGGUCCGCAAAUUUCCAAAUUUUUGAAUUUUUCACUUUGGUCCCCUCGUGGGAGAAGAGGGUUCGCAAAUUUCCGAUUUUUUGAAUUUUUUCCUUUGGUCCCCCGUGGGGGAAGAAGGUCCGCAAAUUUUCAAUUUUUCUUCGAAUUUUUCCCUUUGGUCCCCCCUUGGGGGAAGUGGGUCCGCAAAUUUCCAAAUUUUUGAAUUUUUCACUUUGGUCCCCCCUUGGGAGAAGAGGGUUCAUAAAUUUUCAAUUUUUUUUUAAUUUCCCUUUGGUCCCCCAUUGGGGGAAGAAGGUCCGCAAAUUUCCGAUUUUUUGAAUUUUUUCCUUUGGUCCCCCCUUGGGGGAAGAAGGUCCGCAAAUUUUCAAUUUUUCUUCGAAUUUUUCCCUUUGGUCCCCCCUUGGGGGAAGUGGGUCCGCAAAUUUCCAAAUUUUUGAAUUUUUCACUUUGGUCCCCCCUUGGGAGAAGAGGGUUCACAAAUUUUCAAUUUUUUUUUUAAAUUUCCCUUUGGUCCCCCAUUGGGGGAAGAAACUUUUUGAAUUUUUGAAAAUUUUUGAAUUUUUCACUUUGGUCCCCCCUUGGGAGAAGAGGGUUCGCAAAUUUUCAAUUUUUUUUUUUAAAUUUCCCUUUGGUCCCCCAUUGGGGGAAGAAGGUUCGCAAAUUUCCGAUUUUUUGAAUUUUUUCCUUUGGUCCCUCCUUGGGGGAAGAAGGUCCGCAAAUUUUCAAUUUUACUUCGAAUUUUUCCCUUUGGUCCCCCCUCGGGGGAAGUGGGUCCGCAAAUUUCCAAAUUUUUGAAUUUUUCACUUUGGUCCCCCCUUGGGAGAAGAGGGUUCACAAAUUUUCAAUUUUUUUUUUAAUUUCCCUUUGGUCCCCCAUUGGGGGAAGAAGGUCCGCAAAUUUCCGAUUUUUUGAAUUUUUUCCUUUGGUCCCCCCUUGGGGGAAGAAGGUCCGCAAAUUUUCAAUUUUUCUUCGAAUUUUUCCCUUUGGUCCCCCCUUGGGGGAAGUGGGUCCGCAAAUUUCCAAAUUUUUGAAUUUUUCACUUUGGUCCCCCCUUGGGAGAAGAGGGUUCGCAAAUUUUCAUUUUUUUUUUUAAAUUUCCCUUUGGUCCCCCAUUGGGGGAAGAAGGUUCGCAAAUUUCCGAUUUUUUGAAUUUUUUCCUUUGGUCCCUCCUUGGGGGAAGAAGGUCCGCAAAUUUUCAAUUUUACUUCGAAUUUUUCCCUUUGGUCCCCCCUCGGGGGAAGUGGGUCCGCAAAUUUCCAAAUUUUUGAAUUUUUCACUUUGGUCCCCCCUUGGGAGAAGAGGGUUCACAAAUUUUCAAUUUUUUUUUUAAUUUCCCUUUGGUCCCCCAUUGGGGGAAGAAGGUCCGCAAAUUUCCGAUUUUUUGAAUUUUUUCCUUUGGUCCCCCCUUGGGGGAAGAAGGUCCGCAAAUUUUCAAUUUUUCUUCGAAUUUUUCCCUUUGGUCCCCCCUUGGGGGAAGUGGGUCCGCAAAUUUCCAAAUUUUUGAAUUUUUCACUUUGGUCCCCCCUUGGGAUAAGAGGGUUCACAAAUUUUCAAUUUUUUUUUUAAUUUCCCUUUGGUCCCCCAUUGGGGGAAGAAGGUCCGCAAAUUUCCGAUUUUUUGAAUUUUUUCCUUUGGUCCCCCCUUGGGGGAAGAAGGUCCGCAAAUUUUCAAUUUUUCUUCGAAUUUUUCCCUUUGGUCCCCUUGGGGGAAGUGGGUCCGCAAAUUUCCAAAUUUUUGAAUUUUUCACUUUGGUCCCCCCUUGGGAGAAGAGGGUUCACAAAUUUUCAAUUUUUUUUUUAAUUUCCCUUUGGGGACAUUGGGGAAGAAGGUCCGCAAAUUUUCAAUUUUUCUUCGAAUUUUUCCCUUUGGUCCCCCCUUGGGGGAAGUGGGUCCGCAAAUUUCCAAAUUUCCAAAUUUAAAAUUAAAAUUAAAAUUAAAAUUAAAAUUAAAAUUAAAAUUA